AUGAUGCUACACAAUGAGAGGCAAAACUCAGAAGAACCUCUUGAACAAGUUAAUUCCUUAACAGAGCCUUUCUUGAGGCCGGAAGAUGUCCAAGGACUUCUGGAAGGCAUUUCGCGAAAAAGUGAAAUAACCAUUGAAGAAUUGGAGGAUUUGUGGAGUGAUUCUGAAACAGCUGACGAUGCGACAUCCCUUCCGUCCCAGAAGUCUACGGAGAGUUUUCAGCAAGAUUCACAAAAAUGCCUCCAAAGCAGUGAAGAGAUGGACAUUGAUUUAGGCCAGUUGGAUGAAAUUUUCUCCCAGGAUCCGACAAAGAUGCCUUACGAGAUGAUGAAAGGCUUUAUCGACCCGCACAAAGAGACUCAAGCAGAGCCUCAAAAACCUGCCAGCAGUAUUCCCAGACAAUCCUGGAGAGCAGAGUCUCGCAAGGAAACAUUUUUGAGGGUGAAUCCUCCGGAAGAAGAGCCAACGGCGCCCAAGAAGGCCUUUAUAACGGCCCGGAAAGAGCUUCAAGUGCAAAAUUUGAUAAAAUAUGGCAGGGAAACGCGUUCCAGCGCUCCGCGGAUGAGAGCAGUGGGUCUGAGCAAGUCUCAGGCCCCUGGGAAUCUGUCGAAGGAGGUGAAGCAGAAGGAGAUUGUAGAGGAGCCUCCUGAGCAGUUCAGCAACAUCGAUCCCAACAUUGUGGAGAUGAUAAAGAAUGAGAUCAUGAUGAGGGUGCCUAUGGUGCACUGGAAGGACAUCAUGGGCCUCACGUACGCCAAGAAGAUCAUCCAGGAGGCCAUCGUUCUGCCGAUGCUGCGCCCGGACAUCUUCACGGGCCUGAGAAGGCCGCCGCGCGGGAUUUUGCUUUUCGGGCCGCCGGGAACGGGCAAAACGCAGAUUGGAAAGUGCAUUGCUUCCCAGACGAAGGCGACAUUCUUCAAUAUCAGCGCCUCGGCGCUGACUUCCAAGUAUAUCGGCGAAGGCGAGAAGAUGGUGCGCGGGCUGUUUGCCGUGGCAUCUGCUAAGCAACCGUCGGUGAUUUUUAUCGAUGAGGUGGAUUCGCUGCUGUGUCAGCGAUCAGAGAACGAGCACGAGAGCUCGCGCAGAUUGAAGACGGAGUUUCUCGUGCAUCUGGACGGUGCGGCGACGAAUGAGAAUGAACUGGUGCUGGUUGUGGGUGCCACAAAUCGUCCACAGGAAUUGGACGAGGCGGUGAGGAGGCGAUUUGUGAAGCGUCUGUACAUUCCUCUGCCAAUCCAGGAAGCGCGACAGGAGAUGGUGAAGUCACUGCUCGAGAAUGUGAGACACAGCCUGACUGAGCGGGAUGUGAUGGAAGUGAGUCGAUUGACUGAGGGCUUCUCGGGGGCUGACAUGAAAACCCUGUGCCAGGAGGCGUCAAUGGGCCCCGUGAGGCUGAUUCCCAUAGACAGAUUUCAGGAUUUCAACAGUGCAGACGUGCGGCCGGUGAUGUACGAAGACUUCCGCACCGCCAUGGAGUGCGUCAGGGCGUCUGUGUCGCCCAAGGAUGUGGAGAGUUACCUGGAGUGGGACAGGAUGUACGGAUCUGGAGGGAAAGGACAAUAAAUUGGCGCGCGCCUGGGAUAAAACCCUGCAAAUGUCUUCACCGACAGAUGGCGCUGCCAGAGCCACUCAAUCAUCCAAUCGUCAGAUCACUUGAGGAA